AUGAGCCUAUACUGUACCACUGUAUGCGCCCGCUGGGAGAGAUCCGCGAAAAAUCCACGCAAUAAUCCCGAGCCAUGGAGAUCCCCAGUGGCGCGCGCUUUGGGAAGCUCUCAAACCAACAACAAGCACAGUCCCAUGUUUGACGAUUUCGCAGAGGGGAAGAAGAAAAGUGGUCGCCCAAAAACAGAAGUACAGGAACUCAAAAGCAUUCCUGCUCAUUUGAUCGUGCAGUGGAAGGAGGAGUUCAAGCGGCGUUCUCGAGUGCGGUGUCCAUGCUCCGGCUGUUGGUUGGAGUUUCCGAGCAUCUACGGAGUCAAGUACCACUAUCAGCGCUGUCAGGGGACCACUGUGGCAGAGAAGCUGAGUCAUGGCUGCCCCUACUGUGAGGCCGUGUUCGCCACGAAGAUCCGACUGGAGAAGCACAAACUGUGGAACCAUCCGGAACGCACGUCCAUGGAGCCUAAGGACGAGCAGAACAUGCAAAAGACGACCCACGUCAAGUCCAUUAAGAAAAGACCGAUGGAGAACAGUCCUCCAUCUCCCGUGUUCUUCAAAGUCAAAAAGACCCACGAGGCAUCCAUGCCGUCACAGAACGGGGAACUGUCCCAUCUGAGGGUGGACCGGAAACCACACACACAGAACCAGACUCCACCUCUGCACCAGUCCUCUCCGUCAGCACCAGCCCAGAUCCAGACCCAGAGCCAGACCCAGAUCCAGAGCCCGUCCCAAAGCCAGUCCCAGAGCACGUCCUCAGACGCAGGGGGGAGUGAGAGUGAAGAGGGGCAGGCUCCGUCCUACACUGACGAGGACCCAGAGAGAAUGAAACACAGACGGAAACAGAAGACGCCCAAGAAAUUCACGGGAGAGCAGCCCUCUAUCUCUGGGACAUUUGGGCUGAAAGGAAUGACAAAGGUGGAGGAAAAGCUCAAAGCCGGACGUGUAAAGAGACCAGAGGGAAAUACGGUCAUCGAGGAACCUCAGAAAAGACCCACUCCUGUUUCAACCAAGAAAGAUCCAGCUACAACCAGCUCCGGUAAGAAGUCCUGCUCAAGUCCAUUAGAGAUUUGUUUGAAGACGCAUGAGCUCAGUUCAUUAACAGCAUAUCCAGUAAAAGUGUGUGCUUAA